AUGGAACGUACGGUUGUUCCCGUGGAUAGGUAUGCGAUAGGAAUCGUUGUAAUCCUUGCCAUUGCUUUACUCUGCACCGUUGCUGCUCUGGUCGAAAUCGGGAUUUCGGGAAUUAUCGGAGCCUCGGCCUACCGCACCAAGGAGGUUCUCGAAGCUUCCACUGCAUUCGCUGCGCUCACCUUGUUCACCCUAGCCUUGGCGAUUAUAAUCCACGCGGUUCGAAUGGUUCGCGGCACUUCGCAUCCCCGUCUGUUCACCGUACUCUCGCUCGGGCUGAUCUGCGCAUCACCCGGAUUCAUCUGUUUCACUUUCAAUUUGUUUUAUUGUUUCAGUCUGCUUUAUAGUUGUGUCCUGUACGAUGAUGGGUUCCGUCGUGAAACCGGGACCAUUCUUCUGGCUAAUCUCAACCACUUGGUUAUGCUUUUCCGCAUGCUUCGCGGGAUUUUUCGUGGUAUUUCGAAGCUAGAUGAAUACUCGUGA